AAAAUGUAAUAAGGUUGGAUGCCAACCCCACUGAAGAACAAGAAGCAGAUCAGACUCCUCCUCAUGACGUGCUCUCGGUGGCAGGGAGAAUGUCCUCCUUUAUUUUGGUUUUGAGGAUGUUUGUGUGUUUGCAAGCAUUUCGGCUAUUUAUAAAACAUAUUAUGUGAUUUUCUUUUUUUAGAGCAGGUAGUCAUUCUGGUUUUUUUUCAGUUAACUUAGCGUGGUCCAUCGCUUAUUGCAGACUCACUCAGAUGUACUUAGGGAGAGGGGAAGUGAAUGAAAUGUCAAGCUAGCCAGCCAAGUAGCUUCCAAUGCUCUGCCAGCCAGCCAGCUAACGUUAGCUUACAACUUGCUAGCAAGAAAAUAUCGUAUCCCAAUCAUGAGUGAAGAGGAGAGAUCCUCAUCAGCGGGUAACAACAAUACGGACUCAAGCAUUCUACUCACCAAGGACGGACAGACGUACUACGUUGACAAGAGCGGUGUUGUCGACAGCAGAAAUGUAGUCACGCCGCAAGAGUCGGACAGUAACGUGUUCUCGUACGACAUGGAUGAUGCCGACGAGGAGAGCGAUGUUUUGGACACCUCGGACCCGCGGUAUAGCGCUGCGAGCCCCGAAGAACUCAACGACGACGAAGAAGGGUUCGGGGACAACGAUAACAUUUCGAAGACGUGCACAUACGACGGCUGCACGGAGACUACGACCCAGGUAGCCAAGCAGCGGAAGCCGUGGAUGUGUAAGAAGCACCGCAACAAGAUGUACAAAGACAAGUAUAAGAAGAAGAAGAGCGACCAGGCUAUGUCCAGUGGGAAACAAGAUGAGAGCUUGGAGGAGAGGCCUGUAUCUGUGAACAAGCAGCAUCUCGGCGCCAUGGGGGACCGGCCAGCCAGACCUUCCCUCAUCGAACAGGUGCUCAACCAGAAGAGACUGUCUCUGCUGAGGAGUCCUGAGGUGAUCAUGUUUCUACAGCAGCAUCAGCGUCUCCUGGCCACCCAGAGCCUCAGCCAGUCACAGCCUCACUUCCAGGGCUGCUAAUGGCAACAGGGGAGGGGCCAGCCCCUCUGGGUGUUCUGCCAACUCAUUCUGAAACUAUUCCCUGAUUCUGACAGGAGAAGGACCAUAGAGAUCCUAUUAACUAACAUCGCGUGUAAUUCCUAAUUCUGUGAGAAGGACAGAGUCGUUACCGUGGAAUUAGAAUACUAGAAUCGACAUGAACCUUCUUAUGAUGGGGUAAAGGUCGGCCGUUUUGGUCAGGGAGUUGGUCAACCAUGGUUUGCCAGUGCUGUGACAAGAUAUUGUAUAAAACAAUGACUUUGAAGAAUUUAUCUGCACUGUAUGUUUUUUAGCCAGCCAGUUUUAGAGGAAUGGUUCAAUAAAUGUUUUUUAAUUAACUGCCAAAAUGCCAACAUUCCAUUCAAACAAUGCAGUUAAUCCACAGCCAUACACUGGCUAAAAUCAGUUGAUGAUAGGAUUUAGGAAGUUGUACAUGCAACAAGUACUGAUAUUGUAUCAUAUAAUAGCAUUUUUUUUUGGUGACAUUUAAGAUCUGUUUACAUAUAUUUUAGAGGUUAUUUAUACAGAAAAUGUGUAUAAAAUCAGUAUAAACUGUAUUUCAAAUGAAAUGAAAAUAGUUUACGUUGACAAUAAUUAAAUUGCACAACUUCUGAUAUAUCACGUCAUACUUUUAUUUUCCUACAUAAGUAAAAUCAGGAAAUGCAUCAGCUGUGCCUCUACUGCCGUGCAUUCCAAUUAGACUGGGUUGUAUUUCUCCCUGACCAAAAUGGCUGCCAUGUCGUUCUAUUCUAGAACUUCGAGGGAUUAUGACAUAGUCCCUUCUAGUAAUUUAAUAGGAUCUCUACGGCCCUUACCACCCAGGAACUGCACUCUUAUCAUCAAUAACUGAGCUUCCAUGAUCAAUCAAUCAAUGAAUCAUUUAUACCACACUUGAAGCUGUUAGUACCAACAACAUAAACAUGUUUCACUCUAUCAGCUAAAAAGGGAAGUCAUUGUUUCAAUGUUGUUUUAUUUUGUAUUGUCAGCUAUGUACUUAUGUUGUUAGCUAUUUAGUAAGUUAUUACAAGAGGACCGGUCUUGGCAUCUUGCCCAAUUUUAUUUCAUGUUAUUUUAAAAACAGACUUAUUUAACAAACAGAUACUAAAAGUGAAGGAUAUCAUUUUAGAAACUUCUGCUGAUAACUAGGCAGCUAAUACUAGUGUGGUUGUUAAAUGGCUAAUUUAUCAAGUCUGAAUUCACUAUCAGUUUGCUAUCAGUUUGUCUGUUUUUACAUGUGACAAUCAUGCUUUAUGGCGUACGUGUGUGUGUGUGUGUGUGUGCGUUCAUGCACGCCAUAGCAUGUGGUUUCUGAACUGGUUACUAAUGCUCAAGAGCUACUGUGUCAUUGCGUUACGUCGGAUAGCGUGACGAUUCCGCCUGAGACGAGCGUCGCGUAGGACUCCACCUGACGUUAAUGCUACUGUCUGUUUAAAAAAUAAAUAAUCUAUAACCAGUUGUGAUGUGUGUAUUCUGCAUCUUGGGGUAGAAGUUGUACCCCAAACCACAGAUCUAGGAUCAGAUUACUGUGCCAUAAUACUCAUAUUUAUCAUUAAGCCAUGUUAUAUCAGGGGUUGGGGUGAAAUUCCAAUUCUCUUCAAUGCUUUUCGAUGAGGAGAGUUUGGAAUUGGAAUUGAAAUUAGGUUUACUUUCUGAAUUGACUGGAAUUGACCCCAACCCUGAUGUAAACCCUAUGCAAGAAUACAUCUUAUCAACUGGCUACACAAAAUGGGCAUCCUGCCUUGAGACAAAUUGCGGGGCUGCACAUAUUUGUGCUACGCAAGUAAAUAUAAUUUAGCGUUAUUUGGUAUAAAUUAGGCUUUAGGGAGAUAGAAAGAUAUCUAACCUUGGAAUCAGUGGGUAUUGGGGCAACUUCGACCUACUAGUCAUCUAUAGGAAACCCCGUUCCUGGUACCACAGGAUUUUGUUCCAACUAGGCACCACACCUGACCAACUGAGAUAAUUGAUCAGUUCAGUGAUUGCCUAAAUUCAACACACACCUGUUCUUCCUGGUCGGUAAAUCAUAAACAUGAAGCGCCUGUGGUACUCCAGGACCAGGGUUGCCUUGUUACCAUGAUAUAUCUUCUAUUUCCCCUGUGAACAUCGAAUGAGAAUAACGAUGAACAUGAUGGUCCUCAGGCUGUGCCUAAUGAAAUCCAUUAAACAAGGUGUCUGACCAUG